UCGCUUGAACCUCGGAAAUAAGCCCUUCUUCAGCGUCCAGAAUAUUUUGAUUCAAGUUCAAGUGGACAAUAAUUAGCUAAUUUUAAAUAAGAUUUGUCUUCCAAUUGUAUCAAAUUUUAACGCCCAUUUCCAGUAGCUGUCGGCUCUAGUGUGCUCGUUCGUGUUAGCCGCCGGUCUCCAACAGUGGCCGAGCCCCUUUAAGGUCCGCCAUCUUCCCCGGGUGUCUGUGAUACCUUUGUGUCUUAAACUAUUAUAGCAAUGGGGAAGAAACGCUCGUUCGACGUAGCCUUCAAGCUUCGUGCGGUGGCAUACGCCCACCAACACUCAGGCGAGGAAUCCGCUCGACAUUUCGGGGUGGACCCUAAACGCAUCCGAGACUGGCGCAAGCAGGCGGGCGAUCUGGAGAAGAUGGCUGCAGAAAAGAGAGGAGCCAGCAAACGAUUGCGUGGAGGAGGUGCAAAGAAGGCCAGCGACAAGCUAGAAAAACUGGUGUUGAUGUGGAUUAUUGACCAAAGACGGAAAGGUGCGCGUGUCUCCAGGAGGAUGAUUCGCUUGAAAGCCAAGAAGAUUUUUGAUUUGGAGAUUAAUGACGAUUCAAAGAGAAAAGAAACGUUCACAGCCAGUGCUGGUUGGCUUGAUAAAUUUCUGAAACGCCAUCAGUUAUUGCUCCGUCGGAAGCCAGCGCUGGUGCAGAAGGAUCCAGAACAAGUAGUUGACAAACUUGUGUCUUUUGUCAUGUUUGUUGCAAGUAAGAGAACCACAGAUGAAAUCAAGGAUGGUGAAAUUAUUGCAAUGGACGAGACAUCGGCUUGGUUUGACAUGCCAGGACCAACAACAGUCAAACCAGCUGGCACUGCUAGUGUUACCAUAAAAACACCUGGUCACGAGAAAUCUCACUUCAUCGUGACGUUGGCAGCGAAAGCAGAUGGCACAAAAUUAAAGCCGUUUAUUGUAUUUCGGGACGCAAAGGAAGAAGUUGAAGGACUACAGGAUGUCCAAGAAGCUGUGGUGGCGACCUCAAUAAACGGUUGGAUGAAUCAAGACCUGACAAAAAUGUGGUGUCAGAAAGUUUGCGGUGGCUUUUGUUUCCAGAAGAGACUUCUUAUCUGGGAUGCAUACCACUGUCACAUCAGCAAUGAAACAAACGAAGAACUGAAGAAAUAUAACAUGUCAACGGCGGUUAUCCCUGGUGGUUGCACCAAGUACGGCCAACCUGCUGAUGUUUGGAACAAGCCCUUCAAAGACAAGCUUCAAGAUUUAUAUGACAAAUGGGUGGUCGGGGACGAAGACAAGGAAUGGACAUCUGACGGGAAUUUGAAAGCGCCUCCACUGUGUUCGGUAGUUACGUGGAUAAUAUCAGCUUGGCAAGAAAUCACCCCAGAAAUGAUAAGAAAAUCCUUCAAGGAGUGUGGAAUCACUAACGCGCGCGAUGGAUCUGAGGAUGAUCUUAUCCACUACUUUAAGGAGGGCCAGCCAUGUCACGCUGGGAGUGCGAAACUGCAAACGAUGCGAAAAGCAUCAGGAGCACUUGUGUUUCCAUUACAAGAAGAGGAAGAUGAAGAAGAACUGGCAAAUAAUGAAGUAGUCAUUUCCGACUCAGAGGACGAUGUCCUCCCCCAGGAUGAUGCGACUGAAGAGGAAGAUCCCUGCAACCAGCAGAUGAACUUGAGUGUGGAAGAGGUGAAACCAGAACCUUCCCAGAUUAAAGAGGAACUGCAGGAACACGAACCUCCACUGAUUAAAGAGGAGCAGGAUGAACAAGAACCUCCAAAUAUUAAGGAGGAGCUAGAAGAGAUCUGCAUCAUUCUGGAUGAGGAGGAGCUUGAUCUGAAGCAGGAGACUGAUACCUGGAUGGAAAUUCCUGCUUGUGAAGAAAAUGAGGACAGUGAAACAGAUCUAAACAAUGGAACUGAUAGUCAAGAUGAAGAAGGAAACCAACAUGAAGAAUCAUCAACUACGGAUGAAGAGACCGAGACACAGAACAGAGAUCAGAGGAAGAGCAGAGACAAAGCUCAUGUCCAAAACGUGGACAGCUCUCACAUGUCUGAAAGUCAGUCCGACUCUGAUGUUGGAAUAAGCUUCAAGAAGUCAACUUCAGUUGAGAAAUGCAAACAACCUCCAAGCGAAAUGAUACCUUCCUCUGUUAACGCUGGUGAAAGCUCAAAAAAUGUUAGUGAUCUCUUUCUCUUCAUGAAAACUGAUACAGAUCAAAGUCUUUAUAUCUGUACAGACUGCGGUCAAAGUUUUAGUUACUGGGCUCAGUUUAGAAUUCACAUGAAAAUCCACACAGGAGAGAGGCGAUAUUCUUGUAAGGAAUGUAAUAAAAGUUUUAAUAGAAGUUCUCAUCUUACAGCACACAUAAGAACUCAUACAGGAGAAAAGCCUUUUUCUUGUAAAGAAUGUAAUAGAGCCUUCAGUGUAGUAUCGCAACUCAAAAGACACAUGAUAACUCAUACAGGAGAAAGGCCCUUUUCUUGCAAACUAUGUGAUAAAUGUUUUAGUCAAAUAUCUAGUCUCAAUACACACAUGAAAACUCAUACAGGAGAAAAGCCCUUUUCUUGUAAACUAUGUGAUAAAGGUUUUACCCAAAUAUCUGAUCUAAAAAAACACAUGAGAACUCACACAGGAGAGAAGCCUUUUCCUUGUACAGAAUGUGUAAAAAGUUUUAGUUGUGUGUCUAGUCUCAGAACACACUUGAGAACUCACACAGGAGAAAAGCCUUUUACUUGUAAAGAAUGCAAUAAAAGUUUUACUCAAAUAUCUAGUCUCAAAACACACAUGAGAACUCACACAGGAGAAAAGCCUUUUUCGUGUAAAGAAUGUGAUGCAAGUUUUAGUGAUGUAUCCAAUCUCAAAAGACACAUCAAAACCCAUACAUAAGAUAAUUGUUUUUGCUUAUCAAUGAAUUAAAGGACUGGGUGUAAACUUUAAACUCAGUUAAAUUCACAGCAGAGAGCUUCUGUGAUGGAAAAUAUUAGGAGAAGGGAGAAAGAUUGUUGAAAAGUAAAAUGUUUUUCCCCAUAAAGAAAAGUUCACCUUUUCAACAGAAACCUAGAAUUUUAUAUGAAGCUUUUGCAGAUUUAAAUAAUUUAAGCCAUUGUUUUAUCUUGAUGACUUUAUUUUAGAGGGGAAGUUAUUUUAAUAUGCAUCCCACCCUAAUUUUCUAAUUUACUCCCAACACUUCUUAAAGCUUUCUGAGCCUUUAAAUUGUCUCUCAGUCUGAGUCAGUAGAAUAUAAAAGAAUCUAAAGCAUUCUCUCUUCUGACAACCUAUGUGGAGAUUCUGAUUUUAUUCUCCAACACGACUUGGCAUAUUCCCACACUGAUAAAGGUACCAAAAUCUAAAUCUAUAAACAGUUUUUAAGAGGGAAGAUGAGGCACCAGACCAAACUAUGAAGAUGACCUGAAGUCGGUUAUCAAAGCAACCUGAGCUUUCAUUACAUGUACACAGAACCACGGGCUGAUGGUCUCCAUACCACAUUGCACUAAUUCAAUUAGGAGGCACAAAUAAGUAUUUAUUGAGGAAAUAUUACCCAUUUUCUGAAAACACCCUUUUUAUGGUUUAUAUGAUACUCUAAUUUUCUACGCAACUUUUUUAUUUAGAUCUUCAUCAUAUAAAAGCUACAAAUGUCAAAAUCCAAAAAAGAUGAUUUCCAGCUAUGCGUAAUGAAUGAGAUUCACUUUUUGAAUCGAUUGACAAACUUUUUCACAAAAUCAUUUCUUUUGGAUGUACCUGUAAAUAGAAAUGUUUUCAACUAUUUAAUCUUCUCUGGAAUGGCUUCGUUAUGGUUGAAGCUUACACUGAGACUGAGUCUGUGUGAGAACAUCUCAACACUAGAAAUAUUUUGCAUAAAUCUUUCUUAUACUCUUUAUGUUAUCAGCAAACAUUUCAUUAUUGUUUUAAAUAAAUACUUGUGACUGCAAUUUAUAUUUUGUUCAGUCAUGCAAUCAAGUAACCAUUAAGUCAGGAAAAGUUUCCUGAAAAUGUAUUAAGGAAGAGAUGCAUAAAAGAAACGGACUGGUGUUUCUGUGUUGUGAUUCAUGUUUUAUAGUAGAAAUUAGAACUGUUUAUCUGUUCUUUUAAGUCUUCAGUGUUCUGUCCUAAUCUUUAUUGUGAAGAAUAAAGUGGACGUGACCAUCAGUCAGAA